UAUAUGACCGAAUGCGCAUUGUGUUGCAUUCUGUUCUUGGUAUACUGUCACUUGUAAAUUGAGUGAUGAAAUAAUAUUUAGUGUAUUUUAUAGCUAUAUAUAUUUGCUUUUGAAAGGCUUGUUGCAAAAAGAAAUGAUUAUUUUAAGUCUUGCAAUAAUAUCAACGCAUUUUCGGUCAGUACAAUAGGAGUUGGUGUGCGUGGCCAAUUUUGCCAACUAUUUCCGGAAUAACCUCUGUAAGGUGUAUUAACGGCAUCAUAAACGUCAUAAAAUAAUACGUAAUAUCAAUAACAUUUUCCCAAGUGAAGAGGCAUUAGUUUAAAGACUUAAAACCAGUUCAGUGUCUUCCCAAACAAUAUGGGCCUAACAAUUAGUAGCUUACUUACCCGGCUCUUUGGCAAAAAGCAAAUGAGAAUAUUGAUGGUGGGCCUGGAUGCUGCUGGAAAAACUACCAUAUUGUAUAAAUUGAAACUAGGUGAAAUAGUCACAACAAUACCUACUAUUGGCUUCAAUGUUGAAACUGUUGAAUACAGAAAUAUAUGUUUCACGGUGUGGGAUGUUGGUGGUCAGGAUAAAAUCAGACCACUUUGGAGACAUUACUUCCAAAACACUCAAGGUCUUAUUUAUGUUGUUGAUAGUAAUGACCGUGAACGCAUUGGAGAGGCAGAACGUGAAUUAGCAAACAUGUUAAAAGAAGAUGAACUGAGAGAUGCAGUUCUCUUAGUGUUUGCUAAUAAACAAGAUUUACCAAAUGCCAUGUCUGCAGCAGAACUUACAGAUAAAUUGGGACUAAAUUCUUUACGUGGACGUCAUUGGUAUAUUCAAAGCACUUGUGCUACUCAAGGACAUGGACUUUAUGAAGGACUUGACUGGUUGAGUAAUGAACUAGCUAAAAAGUGAUAAAGUACUGUCGUUAUACAUAAUCUUCAUGAACAAUUUAUUCAUCAAGCAUGGACGUAGAAGACAGGUUGCAAUUUCCAUUUUGUCAGAUUACGCACUAUGUGUACAAUUUAAUACCACUGUGAUUGUAAUAUUUAAGAAAGAAAUUACUUGAAAUAAUCUAAACUUGACUGGGACUGAGACUAUCCAAGUCAGUGCUAAAAGCUGAAACAGGUUUUAUUUUCAAAAUGAAAUU